UGCUGAUAAGCGUGGGACCAUCUGCUUGGCACAUCUCAAAUAUUUUCAGCAGUGGGAAAGCGGCUCUGAUUUCUUCAGAGAAGGGAGGCUGCAGGCAUCCUUGGAGGAGAUGCUGGGACCAGAGACCCUGCAGGCUGGCGGGGCAGCGGAGCCCCAGGAUGCGAAGGGGCUGCCUCCGUGCUGCCACUUCUGACCCUCCCUGACCGAAUGGAGCUAGUGAGUCCGCAUCUCACUUUUUCAUUGUUCAGCUGCUCUUGACAACCAGAAAAAUUACCCAAAGAGCCCCAGCCUGAGGCCUCCUCAUGGAUGAGUCAAAUGCGACAUCAUUUGUUGAGGAGUCCACAAACGCCUCAACCAGCAGGAACACCUCCGUCGGAGACCCGCAUCGGGAGAUUCCCAUCGUGCACUGGGUAAUUAUGAGCAUCUCCCCACUGGGCUUUGUUGAAAAUGGAAUUCUCCUCUGGUUCCUCUGCUUCCGGAUGAGAAGAAAUCCCUUCACAGUCUACAUCACCCACUUGUCUAUUGCCGACAUCUCUCUACUCUUCUGUAUUUUUAUCCUGUCUGUUGACUAUGCUUUAGACUAUGAGCUCUCUUCUGGCUAUUACUACACAAUUGUCACGUUAUCGGUGACAUUUCUGUUUGGCUACAACACGGGCCUCUAUCUGCUGACGGCCAUUAGUGUGGAGAGGUGCCUGUCCGUCCUGUACCCCAUCUGGUACCGAUGUCAUCGCCCCAAGCACCAGUCGGCAUUCGUCUGCGCCCUCCUGUGGGCACUUUCUUGCUUAGUGACCACCAUGGAAUAUGUCAUGUGCAUUGACAGUGAAGGUGAGAGUCACUCUCGAAGCGACUGCAGGGCGGUGAUCAUCUUUAUAGCUGUUCUGAGCUUCCUGGUCUUCACUCCACUCAUGGUGGUUUCCAGCACCAUCCUGGUAGUCAAGAUCCGAAAGAACACGUGGACAUCCCAUUCCUCAAAGCUGUUCAUAGUCAUCAUGGUCACCAUCAUCAUCUUCCUCAUUUUCGCCAUGCCCAUGAGACUCCUUUACCUGCUGUACUAUGAGUAUUGGUCAACAUUCAAGAAUUUGCACCACAUUUCUCUUCUCUUCUCCACGAUCAAUAGCAGUGCCAACCCUUUUAUUUACUUCUUUGUGGGCAGCAGUAAGAAGAAGCGAUUCAAAGAGUCCUUAAAAGUGGUUCUGACCAGGGCUUUCAAAGAUGAAAUGCAACCCAGGCGCCAAGAUGACAAUGGUAAUGCCGCCACAAUUGAGACUGUCGUCUGAGGACAGUGGAGUGACAUAGUGGACAAAAAUGGUGGGACACAGAUAAUUUGUAGUUUGUGUUUGGAACACAACUUAAGUAUCUCCUCAACAUGAUACAGAGGGACACCCCAUCCUAUAUGCAUGAGACACUAAUUAA